GCGGCGCUGGGGAGCGCGCGGAGGCUGCGGCGGGCCGGGAGCUGCGAGAGCGCCGGGCUGCGGCGGCGGGGGCGGCAGGGGGCGGCGGAACAACCAGCCUUCACACAGGAGAUGGCAGCUUUUGAGAGAGAGUAUCUGACUUGCUGCCUCUAAGAUGCCCUCAGUUCUGUCUUCAGAGGGAGAUACAUUGUCCAAGAUACUCUCUCAGGACUAACAUAUCCGUGUCUGUGGGAGACUGAUGCUCUGCGUGGCCUUCUGGAAUAUCUCCUGGCUUCCCACACAUACAAACCAUCUCAGUUUGUCACCAGGCAUUUGCUGCUGGAGAUUGCUUCCUUCCCUCCCUCCUGUUCCCUGAAGCCUGAACUCUUCCCUAUUUCCUCCAUCACCGUGGCCUGUGGAGGAUCCCUGAGUGCAAGUUGCUGCUUGGAGAAACUGAAGUAGAAUUGAAAUGGGGGACUGAGGAGCAAGCAACAUCAUUCACCAGUUAGCAUGAUCUGGGAGAGUGUGCAUCAUCCUUGCCUGGUGCUGCCAGCACUGCCCUUCUUGGAGAGACUGACUUCAUUCUACCACCCAUUCAAGGAAGUCCUGCAGCUUCUGAAAAUAAGUGGUUCCUUGGUGUUAUCUCAGGAGCAAUCAACGAUCUGCUUUUUCCAUGGGGACACCACCAGCAAGACAUGCCCAUCUUCACUCGCUGAAUCCCCCGACCUCUCUGUGAGCAGGAACUUGCAGCUUGGCCUUGCCUCUAAGGCAGGAGCUGGAUCCAAAUGCAUCCUCAGCCUGCUGUCUUAGAGCUGUUCCUGCUUAAGGUCAAUGAGAACAUCUCCUGCUAAUUCAUCAUGACAUAAUAUCUAGUCUCCUGCUCCAUCCAUAGGAUAAGUUUCUUGCUUCCUCUUGUCUACACAGAUGUGAUUCCAGGUGUUCAGCUGCCUUGUCUGGUACAGCGCCCUGGGAUGCCAUCAGGAGCUCGAAUGCCCCAUCAGGGGGCUCCAAUGGGUCCUCCAGGCCCCCCAUAUGUCGGAAGCCCCUCUGUGCGACCUGGGAUACCCCAGACUGUGAUGGAAACAACAAGAAAACGCACUGCACCACAGCAGGUCCAGCAGCAGCAGGUGCAGCAGCAGGUGCAACAGCAGCAGCAAGCCACUCAGAACCGAGCUAGGAGUGCCAAGAGGAGGAAGAUGGCUGACAAAAUUCUCCCUCAGAGGAUCCGGGAGCUGGUUCCUGAGUCCCAGGCCUACAUGGAUCUCUUGGCCUUUGAGCGCAAGCUAGACCAGACCAUUAUGCGGAAGCGUGUGGAUAUUCAGGAAGCACUGAAGAGGCCAAUGAAGCAAAAGCGGAAACUGAGACUUUACAUCUCCAACACAUUUAAUCCUGCAAAAUCAGACGCUGAUGACUCCGAUGGCAGCAUUGCUUCGUGGGAGCUGCGCGUGGAGGGGAAGCUCUUGGAUGAUCUCAGCAAACAGAAACGGAAGUUUUCAUCGUUUUUUAAGAGUUUGGUUAUUGAACUGGACAAAGAUCUGUAUGGACCUGACAAUCAUCUUGUGGAGUGGCACAGAACUCCCACAACCCAGGAAACAGACGGCUUCCAGGUGAAGAGACCUGGGGAUGUCAGUGUGCGAUGCACGUUACUCCUCAUGUUGGACUACCAGCCUCCCCAGUUUAAACUGGACCCGCGGUUGGCCCGUCUGCUGGGGAUCCACACGCAGACACGCUCGGCCAUCAUCCAGGCUCUCUGGCAGUACAUCAAAACAAACAAGCUGCAAGACUCCCACGAUAAGGAAUACAUUAACUGUGACAAGUACUUCCAGCAGAUCUUUGACUGCCCACGGCUAAAGUUUUCUGAAAUUCCUCAGAGACUCACUAACCUACUGCUGCCGCCAGACCCGAUAGUGAUAAACCACAUCAUCAGUGUUGACCCCAACGAUCAGAAGAAGACGGCUUGUUAUGACAUAGAUGUAGAAGUUGAAGACCCAUUAAAGGGCCAGAUGAGUAGUUUUCUUCUCUCAACAGCUAACCAACAGGAGAUAACAGCAUUGGAUAACAAGAUUCAUGAGACAAUUGAGUCCAUAAAUCAGCUAAAAAUACAACGUGAUUUUAUGCUGAGUUUCUCUAAGGAUCCCAAAGGAUACAUCCAAGACCUUCUCCGGUCCCAAAGUAGGGAUCUUAAGGUGAUGACUGAUGUGGUUGGAAACCCAGAGGAGGAACGCAGAGCUGAAUUUUAUCACGAGCCAUGGUCUCAAGAAGCUGUGAGCAGAUAUUUCUACUGCAAGAUCCAGCAGCGCCGACAGGAAUUGGAACAAUCUUUGGGAGUGCGUAACACAUAAGUAGUGCUCACAAGAUUCCAUUGGCAUCAUGACCACCAAACCAGUGGACUUCUCAGUGUUACUUAGCUCACUGUUACACAUGGACCUGCUUCCUGACUGGAUGAGAAUGUGCCAUCAACACACCAGUCAGAACACCAGCUUUAGAGUGACCCUUGAAAAUCUUGUCCAGGACGGGUGUCUCAAACCAUUCCAAGCCAGAGACAGCACCAUACAAGUGUCAGUGUGAAAGAAGACUAAAGGUUCACUCAUCAACGCACAUCGUUAAGUUAUAGUGGAAAGUUAGACACUACACAGCAAAUCCUAAUGGGCUAUGCUUAGAAUCAUGGGUGGCACCGAUAGGGGAGGUUGAGAUAGGUGUUCUAGGAGACUACAGAUUUAGAGAAAUAAAUGCAGUUCUUACCCUAAGGUACCAAAUAGUCUCAAACAGCAACUUAUCUGGAGUUAGACAUGAUAGUCUUUCUUAUAGCUAUGGAAUGCUUUAUAUUCCUGAAUAGAGUUUUUAUUUCAGCCAGACCAAUACAAGAAGCUAUCUCACCAUCUGAAAGAAAAACUAGGAGCAUUUGCAUCCUGGAAUGCAGAGCCCACCUGGAAGAAAGACAUAUAGUCAGACCAUCUCUUCUGCAGAUGCAAAUCAUUUCUCUUCCCCUUGUCCUGGCAGUGAAAGGUAGAUUGCAUCACAUAUCACUAGAUGGGUAUGAUCCAUCUGUACACUGCACUGAGAGAAAGAGAAUCAUCCCUGGGAUAAGAGCUUCUUAUGCAUCCCUAAUAUCAGUGGUAUUGGCAACAAAUGAGGCAUUCUGAGAAAACUAAAAUAACGCAAUGGUGCUUUGCUGGUGCCUGCCUUUAACACAGCAGAUAUUAACAAUAAGUAUAUAUGUAAAAUACCAGAUCAUUUAAGUGUUUCUCUGUGUGCCAUAAGGGUUCAUCACUGAAAAGUACUUCCUAAUUCUUGGUGUAGAAUCCAAGAAGCUUAACUUCAUGUCACAUGGUAGUUUUUUCUUUACUUCAAGAUUUUAACAGAGUCCCUGGAUUGGUCUCACAUUUUGAUCAUAGGUGAACUGCCUCUUACUAUGAAUUAUUUAGUUGUCCCAUACAUGAUAUGUGCUGGUUAUUUUGGAUGCUUUUGAUUUAUAAAGCACUAUCAGCCUUAAAUAGCACAGAGAACAUAUCCUUUGCAAAUCAUCUUCUUUGUAAAUGAACAACAAAUUCAGACAAUGGGAAUUUACAGAACAAUUACUUGGAAGCAGGGACAUCUUCCUUAUAUCCUUCUGCUCCUCAUUUUUGGUAGUGCACAGAUGAGUUGUAAUUAAAGGCCCAACAUGAUUUCUAGUCCAAACAGCAGCUGCCAAAGUAUAACUGUCCAUUUGAUGUGGCACUCAAAAUCCUCUUCUAGGUUACUCCUUUUCACCUCCUUUCUUUCACUUGCUUGGAAAGAGAAUCAAAUUCACAUGUGGUUAUGGAAGGAAGGCAGCUCUUCUGAAUAAAUGCAUUUUUUCUCUA